AUGUUUUAGUCCACUAAUGUAUUGUUAAGAACUACUCAAAAUGUAUGCUAAUAUAUGAUUAGCAAGACAUUUUAAGAACCACACUGGGAUUCUCUUUGUCAUUGAAAAUGUGUAUAGAACCAUCAGCAAAGAUUAUUUCCCCCAAAAUUAAAUUUCAUUGAGUGCUUGGUGCUCUCACUUGAUCAGUACUUAAAAUGUAAAAAUGUCAAUUGCUUUUCAAUGAUUGUCUUUUUAUUUUUGAAGUUAGCUUUAAUUUCAUGCAAACAAACGAUUUCCAUCAUAUUUCUCUAAACAAAGGUGGUAAGUAGCUGGGGUUAAGUUUGAAACCUAUGGGAGCUGGGACCUAAACAAAGCCUAACCUACAUAUGUCAGUGGCUUACUAACAAACAUGGAGGCAAUUACAUAAAUAUAUUGUAGCAUCUCUGGAGACGGCAGUCAUUUGUUUGUUACAAAAUGAGAGAGAAUUGAUUUACAAAAAAAAAAAAAAAAAAAAAAAAAAAAACAGGAUACAACCAAACCAUACAGAAUGUAAAUAAAGAUCAAAUGUGUUUUAAUCGGACAUGCAAGCACGGCCAUGCUUUCAGGACAGCUGGUAGCUGGAGAGCUUUUUUGACUGUAGACUUUGGAGCAGUCAACAGUCCCUGCUCUCACAGUGGUGUGAAGGUUAAAUAGCUGCACUAAAUUCAAAGGGCCUGACCAUGCAGUUCAUUGUAUGUUCAGAAUAAAAUGUUAAAACCCUGUAAAGCUGGAGACAACAUGAUGUGGGAUCUGUAUCUUGUUGUUUAUUUAAAGAAGUUCAGACUCUGGCUGAUUGUGAUACUGAUGCAUGGACUCACUCUUCAGAUCCUGUUGAUGGAAACUUUCAAGCAAACUGGCAGGAAAUUUAACAGCUACGAAUGGAGCCAGUUCACAAAAACCACAACACAGCAGUCAUAAAAGCCUUUAACCAUUCACAGCAGGAUGCAACUAAGGUAUUUCCACUGCUUGAUUAUUAUCUCAGAACUCUCUUCACACUGUGUUAUUUGAUGCAUUGCUUCAUAUAGUUAUAAUGAUGAGGCAUUUUAAGGUGAACUGCUCCUUUAUUGCCGUUCCCCAGUUUUUGUCUUCUUCUUCUUCAUUCUGUUUUUUUUUAUUUAGACCUUUCACCCAAUCGUUGGUUAGGGAGGGCGGGGAGGAGAGAAAGAGAAAAAGAGCGAGAGGGGGGUGGUGCGGGGGGCGGGGCUGGCUGGUUAUGGUUUUUCAGCACCGCGGAUAGCUCCUGUCUCCUGUCUCUGGACUGCAGGGAAGCGACGCUGACACACAGCUGGAUAGUAAGCUUUAAAAAAAAAAACGACUCACAUCGAUCCAUAGGCUAACCUCCAGUUCACACCGCCAAUGCACCACGUUUCUUUCUUCUCUCCCCCUUUCUACUCCUCGAUGCUUGAAGUCUCUCCUUGUUUUUUCGGCCUGACUGUGGACUGCAUUGCCUCUGCGUCUCCAGUCUGUUUCCUCUUCCUGCUCUUCCUGUUUCUGGCAACCACGGUGCAGUGAAAGUACUUUUUUGGGAGGGGGAGUGGAUUGACCUGUUCCAAGUUUUUUUUUUUUUUUUUUUUUUUCUUUUUUCUUUUUUUCCCGAUCUGUCCACUUCAGUCUGAGUCUGAACGUCGCUGUUCGGUCUUUUGAUUAUGUUCAGGUGUGGGAUUUUUCUCAGAGCCCAGGCGUGGAUGUUACUUUAGGAUGCAGAAGGAAGAUGAAGUUGAUAAUUUCAGUAGCCGUCGGUGCACACUCUGAGAAGAGAUAGGCGACCUGCAUCUGCAACAUUGGCUGUAAUCCCCCGAUCGGAGUGGAUCAGACGCAUUCAUUUUUGUGGACAACAGCCAGAGAGCAAGAUGAGGUGCCUGUAUGACUUUUUAAAUUGCACAUAAGACAGAUAAAGAGAGAGUGGGUCUUUUCAGCCUGCUGCUGCUGCAGGGAGCGACGGUUUCUAUCUUUAGCUGCCUAAACGAGUUGCAUCUGAGAGGAGACCGGGAACUCUGGGAAAACAAAGACAGCAGAGUGGUCUUUUUCCUCUCCAUCCUUAACGUGACACAGUAAAAACAGAGGUAGAAAAAUGAAGAAGUUUCGCAAGGUGUUGGACGGUUUGACCACGUCCUCUCCUGGAGGGACUAUCGGAUCCCCAUCGUGCGGCAGCGCGGCAGGAACUCCCACCGCGGCGCCAACUCCCAAGGAAAUCGACGUCCAGGAGACGCUGGUGUCGGAAAACUUUCAGCUGUGCAAGACGGUGCGUCAUGGUUUCCCUUACCAGCCAACUGCAUUGGCCUUUGACCCUGUGCAGAAGAUCCUGGCUGUCGGCUCAAGAUCAGGCGGAGUACGGAUACUGGGACGACCUGGGGUGGACUGCUACUGUCAACAUGAGAGCGGAGCAGCUGUUCUUCAACUGCAGUUCCUCAUCAAUGAGGGAGCGUUGGUCACAGCCUGUGCAGAUGACACGCUACACUUGUGGAACCUGCGUCAGAGGCGGCCGGCUGUCCUCCAUUCACUCAAAUUCAACAGAGAGAGGAUCACGUUUUGCCACCUUCCCUUUCAGAGUAAAUGGCUGUACGUGGGGACGGAGCGCGGAAACACACACAUCGUCAACAUCGAGUCCUUCAUUUUGUCUGGAUAUGUCAUCAUGUGGAACAAGGCCAUAGAACUAUCAACUAAAACUCAUCCAGGACCUGUGGUUCAUUUGAGCGAUAGCCCAAAGGAUGAAGGGAAGCUGCUCAUAGGGUUUGAGAGCGGGACGAUUGUACAGUGGGACCUCCGGGCCAAGAGGGCCGACUUCAGAAUCUACUAUGAUGAGGCCAUCCACUCAGUCAGCUGGCAUCAUGAAGGGAAGCAGUUUAUGUGCAGUCACUCAGACGGCAGUCUGACGCUGUGGAACCUCAGAAACACCACCAAGCCAUUCCAGGUCACCUUCCCUCACGGAAAGAUACAGAAGGAUGGGAGGAAGGAAUCAUGUAAACCAAUACUCAAAGUGGAGUACAAGACCUCAAGGAACAGUGAGCCUUUUGUUGUCUUCUCUGGUGGCCUUUCGUAUGAUAAGGCUGGACGACGACCAACAUUAACCAUCAUGCACGGCAAAGCCAUCACUGUGCUUGAGAUGGACUAUCCUAUUGUAGAGUUCAUGGUGCUCUGCGAUACUCCUUACAACAACGAGGUCCAGGAACCUUAUGCAGUGGUGGUGCUUCUGGAGAAAGACUUGAUUGUGGUGGAUCUGACACAGAGCAACUUCCCUGUUUUUGAGAACCCUUAUCCCAUGGACGUCCAUGAGUCUCCAGUAACCUGCACAGCCUAUUUUGCAGAGUGUCCACCUGACAUUAUCCCCAUCCUCUACUCUAUAGGAGCUAAACACAAGAAGACCGGCUACAGCCAAAAGGAGUGGCCAGUCAGUGGAGGAACAUGGACGUUAGGCUCUCACACCUACCCAGAGAUCAUCAUCACAGGACAUGCAGACGGGUCAAUUAAGUUUUGGGACGCAUCUGCAAUCACACUGCAGAUGUUGUACAAGCUGAAGACCUCCAAAGUCUUCGAGAAGCCAAAGCCCGGUGAGGGCCGGGCUGCCGAGUUGGUGGAGGAAGACCCCUUUGCUAUUCAGAUGGUCAGCUGGUGCCCUCAGAGUCGCAUCUUCUGUGUGGUUGGCAUCUCAGCCCACAUUAUCCUGUAUCGAUUCAGCAAAUAUGAUGCCAACACUCAGAUAGUGUCAUUAGAAGUACGCCUGCAGUGUGAGCAGGAGGAUGUUAUCUCUCCAUCGGAGAAUGAAAACAAUCCCUGCUUCUCAGAGCCCAGCUCCCACUCACCACAAACCCACCACCAGCACCCAGCAAGCCCAAGCAGCAGAACACCAGAGGGUCUCAAAGACAGCAUCCCCUGCCUCAAGGUGAAGGACCGGGUGGUGCGGGUCCCCCCUGGCUACCAGGCAGAGCUGGUCAUCCAGCUGCUGUGGGUAGAUGGAGAACCUCCGCAACAGAUCACCAGCCUGGACAUCAACUCUGCCUAUGGCCUUUUGGCGUUUGGGAACUGUAACGGCCUAGCAAUAGUGGACUACUUGCAGAAAACUAUCCUGUUGUGUAUGUCAACACUGGAUCUGUAUGGAGCUGCUGACCCCUACCAGCGCCUUACCCGCUCCCCCCGCCGGAAUAGACAGUCCACCUCAGAGUUUUGCAUGCGUGGCCUGUCUAACUUUUACUCAGAUUCAAAGAAAAGGAUCCGUACAUCCUAUCAGAGCCUUACUGAACUCUCUGACAACCAGCAGUCCAUUGACAUGGAGAGAAGCAAGUCGCCCACUUCAGUACAUUACCCAACAUCCCUUCACAAUGAGCCACGCGUCCUGCCAGAGCCUGUGGCCAGUCUGAGAUCCAGCCACUGCAGUCCAGUCUUUUACUUACUGGACAAUGAUCAUGUCAAUGGACAUUGCACUAGCCCCACCUCCCAGCCCUGCUCGGCGGGGAAGCCUCGCGUCCCAAUGGGUCCCGAGGGACCACGGCUUACCCGCAGAGGCCCUGGCCGACCGCCCUUCCGCAAGGCCCAAUCUGCUGCUUGCAUGGAGAUCUCUUUGCCUGUGUCCCACACUGAAGGUUAUGCAUCCAGGAGGGCAAUGCUUCAGCAGUUUCACGGAGUCACUAUGUACUCCCAUGACGAGCACCACACCGCCAGCCCCUACUGCUGGAGUGAGAGAGAGAGUCGUGAAAACUCCUUCAGUCGCUCGCGCAGUUCCAGUGUGUCCAGCAUCGACCGGGACACCAAAGAGGCAAUCACCACACUGCAGUUUGGGGAGUCCUAUGGGCGCAAGAGUGACGCCCUGCCAACCCCAUGUUUGUGGGUAGGCACCAGCUUAGGCAUGGUCUUGCUCAUCCCGAUGUCCAUUCCCACAGACCAGGAGGAGAGGAUGGAGGAACCUGUCACCAUUGGGCCCAGUGGAGCAGUUUUGAUGUUGAAGGGCUCAGUGUUGCGCUUUGGCUUCUUGGACUGCAUGGGAGCUCUCAUUCAGAGCCCCUAUGAGGUUUGGCGGGACCUCAAUGCCCCCGAGGACCCUGACCGACCGCGGAGGCGCAAGCUGGUCCACUUUUCACCAUCCUCCUCCCAGGACGCCUGCGGAGAUGGACAUCUGGCUGUGGUGUGCUCAGAGAGGCAGGCCAAAGUAUUCUUGAUGCCCUCACAGUCUUGCCUCUUUGUCCACAACAUCACAGAGUCAUCAUUUGUACUGCGAGCUGACGUGGUAUCUGUGUGUAACAGUGUGUGCCUGGCCUGCUUUUGUGCCAACGGUCACGUCAUGACACUCAGUUUGCCUAGUCUAAGACCGCUGAUGGAUGUCAAUUACCUGCCUCUGACAGACAUGCGCAUUGCAAGAACCUUUUGCUUCACCAAUGGGGGGCAGGCACUGUAUCUUAGCUCCCCGACAGAGAUCCAGAGAAUUACAUACAGCCAGGAGAUGUGUGACAACCUGCAGGAAAUGCUGGGAGAGCUGUUUACACCAAUAGAAACACCAGAAGCCCAGAACAGAGGCUUUUUAAAGGGCUUCUUUGGGGGAAACGCCAAUACCUUCGACAGGGAGGAGCUCUUUGGGGAAGCAGCAGCUGGGAAGGCAUCCCGCAGUCUGGCACAGCAUAUCCCAGGGCAGGCGGGGAUGGAGGGCAUGAAGGUGGCGGCUAGUGGAGCUGUGGGUGAGCUGGCUCGGGCCCGCAUUGCUCUGGAUGAGAGAGGCCAGAGACUGGGAGAGCUGGAGGAACGAACUGCCCUCAUGAUGACCAGUGCAGAAACCUUCUCCAAACACGCUCAUGAACUGAUGCUAAAGUGCAAGGACAAGAAGUGGUACCAGUUCUAAUGGCAGGACAGAGGGCUAAGGCUGCCCUUGGACUGUUGAGAGCUUUAUGCCGGGACAGGGACUUUCACUCUACAAAUGAGAGCUAUUAAAAGAAAGACUCAAGAGUGACUUUGUCUUUAUGGCUUGUGGACUAGCUAAUAUGUACGGCACUGUCACAUUGUUGAAAUGACAAGGACGGGCUAGCUCCUUGUCUAGACACGCAGUGAUGAGGACAGAAAGAGGAUGGCGGCAUUUGAAGGACCGAUGAAACUGGAACUGGAAAUAUCCGACAAGUCUGUCUGUGUGUGUGUGUGUGUGUGUGUGUGUGUGUGUGUGUGUGUGUGUGUGUGUGUGUGUGUGUGUUUGUGCGUAUGUGUGUGUGUGUGUGUGUGUGUGUGUGUGUGUGUGUGUGUGUGCGGUUGGGUUGGGUUUUCUGGACCUCACUGUGUAGAUACUCAAAAGUUAAGAAACCAACAAGAAAUGCAUGAAACAAAAAUGGAUGACUAUUAAAAAUAUCCAACUGCCAUAUUAAAAAGCAGCAUGCUACUUUAACAGGAGAUACAAAAAUAAAAAGUUUUAUUUAAUGAUGUAAGCCAACAAGAGAAACUAUGAAAAACUUUAUAUUUUUUGAAAUACUGACAAAAAAAACUAUAUAUAAAAAGGGAAAUAUAUACCUGCAUUGCUAUUAAGCCAAAAGUUGUGUUCCUUUCCUUUUUUUUUUUUUUUUUGGGUCAUUUGAAUUUUUUCUUCUUAGUCUCAGUAAAUAUGACUUGACACAAUAUAAAUGCACAUAGUUAGCUUUCUCUACACACACCUAGAAUAAUGCUAAAACUUUGUUCUUACCAAUUACUCUGGGCUGCACAGUGCAAACAAAUCAAUAGUACUCACACUUAACCCUGCGCAGUCUAAUCACACAAAUUUAAUUUCACUUUUCGGCUGCUGCUACUUACAAAAGCAUUAAAUGAUGAUGACGAAUAUCUCACUCCCCAACUAUAAUUGUAUGAAAACAGAGAACAGAUUGGUGUGAGACGUAUGCGAAGGCUGAGUUAAGGGUGUAUUCUGGACACAGUGUGUUUAUAUCUAUAGUAUGAAUCUAUAUACUAUUCACGUGCCAUAAAAAACAAGAUGGGUAAACCCACUUCAUGUAAACUAACUAACAAAGAGCUAAUGAGUAGUGAGUAGUAAUCACAUGUUUCCUGUUGAUCAGAACAGAUGAGAAAAAGUACUUGGAACUGACCAUGGAGCGCAUUGAGUAAAGUCAAAUAAGCCAGUUUUCUUUUGGAAAAAAUAAAAUAUAUAUAUGAGGGUGUUUUGUUUUAAAUUAUUUUUUGGUUGUCACUGGUUCACCAUUCGCCUUUGUCAGAUGUACAAGUUUAGUGAGCCAUUAGGUUGUGUGUGUGUGUGUGUGUGUGUGUGUGCGUGUGUAAGAGAGGAAGAGUGCCACAAGUGUUAAAGUGGACUCUUUCUCGGCCAAAGCAAUCAAAAAUGAAUGACACCCUCCCAUUUCUCUCCACCUUAGUCUUCUAAAAGUUGUGGUUUGUGCAUUUUCAGCGUUAAACCAGUGUGGUCCUCUUUUCAUAAUGACAAGUGAUACUUUUAAUGGUUGUCACUGUCUAUGUGACGGGAAUGCGAAAGAGAUGGAAUCACAUCUGUUUAAAUGCUUGUGAGUUGUUUAUAAGUAAAAGUUUCAGGAGAAGUAACAGUAUUUUUUCAGUGAUGUUCAGAUGUUGAGUCAGUGAAGAAACUAUGUACAUGUGUAAAACAUUUGCAACAAUUUCAACUGGAGGCAAAUAUGUUUUUUUUUUUCAUUCAAUAUUGUUCUUGAAACUAUGAUAUCCUCUUGUCGCAGUCCUAUAUUUGAUGGUGAAGGCCUCUCAACUGAAGGCUUUUGUAUGUUCAAAACAACAAAUGUUUCAUGAUACAUGGUUGUGUAUCAUAUUGUGAUUGUGUUGUACAUGUCAAUGGAUAGCCACAUGACAUGGGAAAAUGGCAUUAACUGAGGGGGAUAGUUCGUACUUGUGUAUUUGUCUGUAUUUUGAAUCGAUCUGAAAAGCUAAACAGGGGAUUAUUGACACACACAACAGGCCUUUACGCACACAAGCAUUAACACAUGUAACGCAUUGUGUCUCGAUCUUGUUGAUGUUACUCCCACGUAAAAUACACACAGCAACACAUAUAUUCAAAGCCUAAAAAAUAACAGACACAGAACCGAGUGAUCUGCAUUGGUAGACUGUCUACUUCCUGUCAGGCUGUUGAGGCUGAAAUGGCUUUCAAACCCAUCUGCUUUCACCAGACUGAAGUCACCUGAAAUCCAGAAGCAGAGCCACAUGGAUUUCAGGAAUUACACAUGAUUUGAUUGAACGAGAUGUCUUAAACAUGACAAAAAUAAAUACAUUUCUCUUCUAUCACUGUACCGUCAAUGAGAUUUGUAUUCAGUGCAGUUCUGUCGCUGGCAGAGAAAACACACAAAAAACAAAACUAAAAGAAAAUUGAAAGAAAAAAAAUCUGACUUCUACUGACAGGGUGUUUUGUUAGUAUGUUUUUGGUUUUGGUUUUUAUAUUAACUGUACAGUUCAAUCUUGGGUGAAAGGUGAAACAAAACGAUAAAAGAUGAAAACAUUCUUGAGAUAUUUUUCUCUGUAUAUGUUGUACCUGUUACUGCUGGUACUGUAUCUGGUAUACUGACUCUGUCUAAAUCACUGGAACUCUGUAGUUCUUCACACUGUAGUAUCCUGAAAAGGCAUUUCUCUGGUUUUCUCAAUGAUGGCAGCAAAGUUUGUCUUAUUUAAAUGGAUUCUACCACUUUUUGUUCUUAUUGAUAUUAUACUAGUGUAAUAGAAAUUACUUGACAAAAAAACUGAAAAUAUGUUGAUGCAAAAGCAAACCGAAAUAAACAUUGAUUGAUGUACACA